AUGGUAAAUACUGAUAGAGAAAUCCUCAGAGCACGAAACGCGAGGAGGUAUUUGGAUGUGGUAAUGCAACACCUGAAAAGAAGAGCCCAAAAAGACAAGGACUUGAAAUGGGAAAAAGACAUUGCCAAUAGAAGAAGUGGGACCGCUAUUAAAGUGAGGUUCGUCCAACCUCUAGCUACUUUCUCGGGCAAACGGCCAUCACUGUCUUGGGUGCCUUUUGACAUAUGCAAAGACAUUGUCUGUAAAAUGACUAUUUUGGAAAGAGAGAGUGUCUCUUGA